UCUGAGGCACAUGUCAUGAAAAAGGAUUAAAAGACUGAAAAUGACAGAUGUAAAGCCCAAUGAGAUCAUCUUCAUUUGUUUCAUGCUGCUUCAAGGUUUUGUGACAUCAUUGAACUGCACCAGCCCAACUCCUGAAUCCUUGGUUGAUGCCCUUGAGAAGAAUUUAUUCCCUAAAAAACUAGUGCGACUUGUAAAAAGCUUUUCAAGUCCAGUUAACAUAACCAUUGGUAUCACUGUGGUGGGAAUUAUAGGAGUGGAUGAAAAAUCCCAAAUCCUAACAACACUCUUAUGGCAAAUUCUGGAGUGGAACAUAGAGGGACUGAGCUGGGAUGAGGAGGAAUGUGGAACUACAAGAGUCUCUGUCCCUCGAGAACAACUUUGGGUCCCAGACAUCAACAUCGCAGAGUACAUGGAUGAAGACAAAGCUCCCAAAACUCCCUAUGUCUACUUAUACAACACAGGUCAUGUAUUUGAUGUUAAGUCACUCAGAGUGGUCAGCUCCUGCCAAUUAGUAAUCUACACUUUUCCCUUUGAUAUCCAAAACUGCUCUCUGACAUUUGGACCAUAUCUACACUUUGCUACGGACAUGAGGAUGAUUCAAGGCCUCACGUCUGAAGAGAUCCUAAAGGAGUCCCAAGAUGUGUUGCAGACCAAUGGGGAAUGGGAGCUCGCAGGGAUCAGUGUAGCUCCUUCUACCUUGACAUUACAUGGAGGAAGCUACUCUGAGAUCAAAUACUAUAUCAUUCUGAGACGUAGGCCAGUGCUCUAUGUGGUGAACCUGCUGAUCCCCAGCUGCUUCCUCAUCACAGUGGACCUCUUCAGCUUCCUGCUGCAUCCCCAGACUGUGGACCGCUCCUCCUUCAAGAUGACCCUCAUCCUGGGCUACACCGUCUUCCUGCUCAUCAUGAACGACCUGCUGCCUGUCACUGGGGAGACAACACCUCUCAUCAACGUUUUCUUCUCCAUCAGCCUCGCUCUGAUGGUGGCCAGCCUGUUGGAGACGGUGUUGAUCACUAAUAUCCAGUGCAGCUCCAGCCAGUACAGUGCGGUGCGGUACCUCGCUGGCUCGCUGGCUCGUUUUUCUCCCAAGGAAGAAAAAGAGCAACCAAAUCAUCUUCCUCAACCCAUCUCUUAGAGAGCCGGCCCUGGAUGAACUGAGGAAGCUGAGCAGAGAUCUCCUGGCCAUACGCCUCCAGGUAGACAAACACUUCCAGGGGAGUGAAACCUCGCAGGAAUGGCAAAUAAUCGGGAUAGUGAUCGACCGUCUGCUGUUUGGCUUGUACAUUGUCUUCAUCGCUGUCAGCUUCAUCACCAUCAUAUGUCUCUGGAGCAACCAUUAUGCAGCAUGAUUUAAGCAAAGCGUAAUAUGCAUGAUUGACAUAUCAGCAGUUUAUAUGCUGUAUUCUGAGAUGUGGCACAUGUUGAUAAUUCUGUCAAGGAAGACAAUGUAAGUUUCUGGAUCUUGAGAGUUGUAUUUGUCAAAGAUUUGAAGAACAUGGAUUUUCAUAUAUAUAGAUGGGGUUUUAGCUUUACAUGCCUUAAUUUGUCCUUGCAUUGACUACUGUCUGCCACCAACCAAAAUGGUGGCAAAAGUUGCUAAACAAAUGUAUCACAUAAAAUAAUCAGUCUACUCUAAUUAAAAAAUAUUGGCUACUCCAUUUCAUAAAAAAGCCUUAACCUUAUGUCUAAAAGCCCCUCUGAAAACAAAUGUUUUAAACCCUUGUGUUGCC